AUGACUUCUGAAGCUUUGCUAGACCUUCUUUCUUUCGGACAAGCCAACAUUCCAAAUUAUAUGUGUGGAAGAGAGGAGGACCUGUUGGUUGUUCUUGAUGAGACAGACUCUGACAUCUCCAUCCAGAUUUCGACUCUCUUAGGCAUCUACAAAAUCCCACAGCUACACCCUUUUCUACAAAAUUCUCAAUUUUACAACAAUGCCUUAGAGAGUGUGUACCUAAACAAGGAUGGAGAGCUGGUAGCUGACUUGGACAUUAUCUAUUGGGUGAAGUUUCCCAAUAAAUCUGUCAAUCAAGUCGUCUUUGGGAGCCUAGAGAGACAGGGAUCCUUGGAGUCCAAGUUGGUUAUCAAGGAGGAUGCCAUUGUGUGGCCAAAAUGGCUUAACCAGUCCAUGCCCUCUUCCAGAUGUGUCAAAAAUUGCUAUCCCGGAUGGGUCAAGUUAAUUCCAGAAGGAGAUCCAGUCUGUUGCUACAAGUGUGUUCGUUGUGCAGAUGGGACCAUCUCCAUUCAGGAAGAUGCAGAGCAGUGCAUCAAAUGCCCCAAUGAUCAUCACCCAAAUGAAGAUCAAGAUCAAUGUAUCCCUAAGACUACAGUCUUCUUCCAUUACACAGAAACUUUGGGCAUUGUCAUGGUUUCCUUUGUUUUAUUCUUAUCGUUAAUCACUGGGUUCAUCUUAGGAAUGUUUAUUAAAUACCUGGAGACCCCAAUAGUCAAAGCCAAUAACCGGGAUGUUUCCUAUAUCAUCCUCACUUCCCUCCUGCUUUCCUUCUUGUCCACUUUUCUCUUCAUUGGACGGCCAAGCAAAGCCACUUGCCUCCUCCGACAAACAGCCUUCAGCAUCAUCUUCUCAGUGGCUGUCUCUUCCAUCCUGGCCAAAACGAUCACAGUGGUGCUGGCUUUCCUGGCCACAAAGCCGGGAAAGAGGAUGAACAGAUGGCUUGGGAAGAGUUUUGCCAACUCCAUUAUCCUUUCUUGCUCUGCUGUCCAGAUCAUCAUUUGCUCCAUCUGGCUCAGUGUCUUUCCACCUUUUCCUGACUCCGACAUGCUCUCCCAACCCAGAGAGAUCACCCUGCAAUGCAAUGAAGGCUCUGUUGCCAUGUUUUAUGUUGCCCUGGGGUACAUGGGCUUCCUGGCCACCAUCUGCUUCACAGUAGCUUUCCUGGCCAGGAAUCUGCCUGGGGCCUUCAAUGAAGCCAAGCUGAUCACUUUCAGCAUGCUGGUCUUCUGCAGCGUUUGGGUGUCCUUUGUGCCUGCCUAUCAGAGCACCAAGGGGAAGUCCAUGGUGGCCGUGCAAGUCUUCUCCAUCUUAGCCUCCAGUGCUGCUCUGCUGGUCUGCAUCUUCUUCCCCAAGUGCUACAUUAUCAUACUAAGGCCUGAUCUGAAUACCAAAGAUCACCUGACCACAAAAAGGAAAAAUGGCACCUGAGUCUGAAAUAUUUACUCUGAAGAAGAAAUACUCCUUCGAACUGACAUAUUUGAUGCUGCUAAAAUAAAUAAUUCCCUUUUGUUUUCAUUAUAGACCUCUAGAGAAGAAGUCAUCACUUAUGCUGAGCUGGCUAACAACCGUUUAUUUCCUCUUACUAUUUACUUUAAAUUUUCAUCUAUAACAUUUGAAUCCAUUGUCCUGCCCUUUGGCAUAACAAUGAAAAUUAUUACUGAUCUGUAACAACCCUUGAAAUAUUUGAAGACAGUUACUACAUUUGCUUUCAACUGUCUUUGUUUCGGGCUACAUAAACCCAGUUUCUUUAACUGUUUCCUCUGAUGGUUGGUUUUGAGGCCUUCAGCCUCUUGCUUAUCAUUUUCUGAAUGUGUAAUUGUCCUUUCUGUGCUGUGGUGCAGCUUUCUCAGGACCAUGGUGUGAAAAUUCUGAAGAAAGGCUUACCCAAAGAGACAGAUUGGCUGGACAAAAACUAGUUGAUGGUGAAAAAGACCUACAUUGGAAAAGGCAUCCAAGUGUAACCAAAGGUUGACCUUUGGUUUCCAUCAUAGACCUUUAGGGAAGAAGCCAUCACUUCAUGCUGCACUAGCUAGGAACUAUUUACAUCCUCUUGAUGUUUAAUUUGAAUUUUCAUCUAUGUCAUCUAUGUAAGAGAUGAAGUCUAUGGCUGAAGUGUGAUAACUCUUUGCAAUAUUUGAAUAGAGUUGCAUUGGCUUUUAACUGUCUUUGUUGUAGGCUAAAACAAACUCAGUUCCUUCUGGUGGUUGGUUUCCAGGGCUUCAAUGUCUUGCUUAUCCUUUUCUGAACUUGUAAUUGUUCUUUUUGUACUGUCGUACCCCCAAAUUGGGUACAUGGACUAUUCUAGGUCAAUGAGAACACCUGCAACAAGCAUAUCUUAUGAUCAAGAUUUCUGAGGGGCAACUUGGUCAGGCAAGAGAGACCUUCGAGUUUAACAAAUGUGUGGAUUAUGGAGAGAGCAAUUCAAAUAGUGAAGGAAGUGCAGGAAGCCCUGUAAAUAAAUGUAUAUUUGGUUGUUUAAUUGACGAACCCUUCAUACAGGAAACAUAAGCAUGAAAUAUUUUUUCCUCAGUGCUGACAAUAAAAAUAUGUUUAGUUUGACAGAAGAACUCGGUGUGUAUAUCUGAAUUUGUUCCAGUUUCUUUUGUAGCCUCAAUUCUUCCACCUAGACAUUUUUUUACAGUUAAACCAAAUUGUUAUAGCUAAACUUAUGGAAAAGUAUUUCCUCAGCAUCCUCCAUAUGGCUGUAUUUAUCUAUCAAAACACUGAUUUCAGGACCCCUCC